UAUAUAUAAUCUUUGCAGCGAUCUGCCUCACACAGUGAUGAGAAAACCGUAUUACGUCGAGGAAGCCGUGUUGGACAAAAUGGUGUCCGAAUGUCAUCGCAGGACGAACGACACCGCUGACAGGAUCGUGCAAAUCAGAAGAAAACGAGGCAUCAUACCCAUGUUUCCAGGAACCAAGUGGUGCGGCGAUGGUAACAUCUCGCGAAAUUACGACGACUUGGGAAAUAAUGAAGAGACAGACAAAUGCUGCCGAUCCCAUGACCACUGCGUUGAAUACAUCUUACCGUUUACACGUCGCUACGGCCUUUUCAAUUGGUCAAUUUUCACCAAAUGUUCCUGUAACUGUGACAACCGGUUCUACGACUGCCUAAAGAACAGCACCGAUGCAGCAGCCGACACCAUUGGUUAUAUUUUCUUCAACAUGCUUGGACGAGAAUGUUUCACAAGCCAAUACCCUGACCGCUGCGUUCGUAAAAUAUUAUUCUUAUGCGUGGAACACGAUUUCAACAAAGAAAAAGCCAAAGUCAUGCGUUUUAUCAAAGGUCGGAAGUACUGAAGACAAUACGUACUGGUGACAUCCAUUACACUACAUACACACAUAUAUAUACAUACAUGUAUACAGACAUUAUAUAUAUAUAUAUAUAUAUAUAUAUAUAUUAUA